AACUUCGUCAGAUGAAGUUUAAGCUAUACACGAUGAAGUUUGAACUAUGCACCUUAUUAGCUGGUAUAGUUUUAUCGGCUGAAGCUAUUAAUCCAGACUACAUUGUCAUAGGUGGUGGUACAACUGGUUUGGCACUGGCUACGAGACUUUCAGAUAAAAUCGAUUCUAAUAUUUUGGUUUUGGAAGCUGGCAACAGUGGUUUGGGUGAGAAAAUAAUUGAUUUACCAUUUGGAAAAUCACCAAUUGGAUCUAUUUACGAUUGGAAUUAUACUACAGAAGCUCAAAUAAAUUUUGGGCUUCAACCUGUCACACUACCAAGGGGAAGAGUUCUAGGAGGUACAAGUGCCCUUAAUGGACUUGGCUGGGAUAGGCCGCACUCUCGUGAAAUAGAUGCCUGGGGCAAUCUAGGAAAUGAUGGAUGGAGCUUUAAUGAUUUGUUACACUAUAUGAAGAAGUCAGAGUCUUAUCGCAUUCCACCGCAAGACAUCCUUCAAGAAUAUCACAUUGAAAGUCAGGAUCAAUUGAAUCAGACCGCUAUUGGUAAUGAUGGUCCUUUGCAAGCUACAAUAAGCAACAAUGUACCUGAUUAUGCAAAGAGAUGGUUACCUGCUUUCGAAGAAAUUGGUUUAGAUGUUAACCAUAGCCCAUUUGAUGGCGAUAAUUCAGGCGCUAGCAUCAAUCCAAGCUCUGUAAAUUACCAGAACUUCACGAGAAGUUACUCAGCAUCUGCUUAUUACCUUCCACUUUCAUACAGAAAGAAUCUAGAUGUUAUAACGGGUGCCCAGGUAGUUAAAUUGAUCGUAUCAGAUGACAAAAUUACUGGUGUAGUCUACAACAAAGAUGGAGAGAAUAUCACAGUAUCUGCAAAUAAAGAAGUCAUUCUUUCUGCAGGCGCGAUAGGGACACCUCAAAUCCUUGAACUCAGUGGUAUUGGUAGAAAAGAUAUACUAGAACAGAACGGUAUUGAAGUACAGAUUGAAUUGGAAGGCGUUGGUGAGAAUUUCCAAGAUCACACAGCCAUCUCUACUAUCUGGAAAUUGAAACCGGGUUUCCAUUCGAAUGAUCGAUUCAAAUAUGACAAAGAAUUCUUGCAAGCAGAGCUCCAAAAGUUUGAAGAAGGGGACUAUACGUCCGCUCUUGCGAAUGUUGGUGCUUGUCUCGCCUAUGUAAAUCUGGAUGCACUGUUUAGUAAAGAGGAAAAAGAAUGGUACAUAAGCGGUAUCCAGGAAUGGAUUGAUGCACAACAAAACUCCACAUAUGUCCCCUUAUACAAGGAGCAAUUGAAAUUUGUUGAAACGAACGCGAUUGAACAUCUCGUAGCAAACUCAUUUGUUUCUUAUAACAAGGAUAGACAACCAGAAAGCAAUACAAGUUACAUAAGCGUUGAGGCUGCCGUUCAACAUCCAUUUUCACGUGGAUCUAUACAUAUUCAGACAUCUGAUCCUUAUAGUCAUCCAUUGUUAUUAGCAAAUUACUUUGAGGUAGAAUCUGAUAGACUUAUUCAAACGAGAGGAUUACAACAUAUUAGAAAACUUAUGAAAACAGAAGCAAUGCAAGAGAUCGCGCUUGAGGAGGUAUAUCCAGGUGAGAAUGUAACUACAGAUGAAGAUCUAGAGGAGUAUUGGAAAACAGCCAUAAGAAGUGAACAUCACCUAAUUGGUACAGCAAGUAUGAUGCCAAAGGAACUCAACGGUGUGGUUGACGAUGAACUGAGAGUUUACGGUUUGUCAAACCUUAGAAUUGCUGAUGCUUCAAUAAUACCUCUUCAUGUUAGUGCACAUAUACAAGCAACGCUAUAUGGUAUAGCUGAGAAGGCUGCUGAUUUAAUUUUGAAUUCUAAUUAAACUCAAAUCCACUUUCAUAAAAAUUUCACAAUUUAAUUUAAC